UGGCUAGUGAUAUAUACACUAACUGAAUCAGACAGUGUUUUAAAAUCGUAUUUCGGUGAAUAAUUGUGCCUGAUAUGUUGAUAAAUAAUCGUGCUGGUAUUGUUUGGCAAUAUUGAUCUGGGAUAUUUGAAUAUUCAAUUAUCUUUUGUCGAUGGAUAUUGACUAAAAUAAUGAAUCAUUUCAAUAUGAAUCGUAAACAGAAUACAUAUUUUAAGAUCUUAUGGAUUUUAAGUAUAACAAGCAUCGGAAAAACUUUAUCAUGUAAUUACACGAUGACACCUGUAACUGGAACAUUUGGAGGGAAAGUUGAUGGAAUAAGAAUUAACAAUAUUGACAAGGAAUGUGCUGAUAAACUGAAACAAGAUGCAUUUAUGUAUCGAUUUCUACUUUAUCCCAACCAAGAUUUACAAUGGCAAGAUCAGGUGCGUUUCACGGAGCUUUUAGGAACUCCUUUCACAGAAACAUCGUCAAUAAACCGUAAAAAACAUGAGAAGAUUCCGGACCCUCGAUUGGGACUCUUUUCCAAUGAUCCCUUGGAAGGAAUUACGUCAGUGGGAGUGGAAGGUUGGCACGUGGAUGGAAAUGUUGCGGAAACUCCACACAUGUUUACAAUAAUAUACUGUAUAAGCAAUAACAAAAACGGACCAACAUUAGUGGUGCCAUUAAAAGAAGUGGUCGACAUGCUUAGUAACGAGGAGAAAGACAAGCUGGAGAAUAUUUUCUUUGUAAGUGGUCAUAAUUCUAGUAUCAUACAUCCUCUAUUGUAUAAAGAUCAACAUAGAAAUGAUGAUACAAUUAUGCUGGCACUCGGUAAAUUAUCUGGACAAUAUUUGGAGGAAAUGACAGACGGUACUAAACGCGAAAUGUCAAUAGAAGAAACAAAAGCUGUACAGGACCUUCUUGAAGUUAAGGUAUUAAGUUCAAAUAAGAUAUAUUCACAUCAGUAUUUACCAGGAGACAUGCUAAUGUUAUAUAACCCCUCUGUGGCGCAUAUUGCAGGUCCCGGCUCUCAAACACCGAGAGAAAUAAAUGGACUUAGGCUUAUGAGUCGUACCACUGUCCUAGGUAAAGAAAAGCCAACCAAAGUUUCAAAUAUUCAGUAUGAAUGUUCAAUGUUACCACCUUUUGAUUCCGGUUAUUGUUUAUUUUCUCUAAAAGAUUCCGUGUUCUACCCAAAGAUCGGUGAAUUUGAUUCGCAAGAAAAGGCCAGAAAACAUUGUAAGCGUAUAAAUGAAAAUGCCGACCUCGCAAUCCUGCCCACUGUAGAAUGGAAUGACAAAGUGAAACCAAUCAUAUCAUGUACUGGUGUUCCACAUUGGUUAAAUGCUAAAAAUCCUUCAGAUCAGGACGUAUAUUGGGAAGGAAUAGACUCUAAAAGUGAGUUUCUACUUUGGGAUGUUAGUAGUAAACAACCUAACGACUGUGAUAUGAUAGAAGAUUGUGUAAUAGUAGGACCUCAUGGACAUUGGUUUGAUGUACCAUGUAGCGGACCGAAAACAAAACCUGGUUCAGACCCAGGUCCGGUAAUGACUUGGGAAAAUGGUGAACGGAAAAUGUUUAACAUUUAUCCGUUGUGUGGUGUUAAAAUGAAAUAUUUAAGAAAAACAGAUUCUGUUAAAAUGGUUUAAAAAGUGACAUUAUCAAUGUAUUUAUCUAUUCUACAUAAAUAAUUGCGAAAUACUGUACGGCAUGUUGAGGUCAUUCCGAGUUUAAAGUGAGGUCAAAUAUUAGUUCCAUAUGAACAUUAAAAUGUCUUCAUUUUUCUAAAUUUUUAAAGUGUUUUAGUGUGUGAUAAAGCAAAAGCAGACGUUAAAACAGCCGCCUUAUUACCGUAUUUUGUGAAGCAAUGCAGGCUACAAUGUACAUAGUUUAUGUUGGCGACUGGGUUAAAAUGUGUGUCAUAGAGAUAAAAAUAUGGCGUUAUCUUUAUUUUGACAAUAGUCUAAUUUUUAUACAAUAUUAACCCUUACCACGUUAUAUAUCUUAAAUGGACUUGCCCAUCUUUCAUUAUAAACAAAACCAUUCAUCAUUUAAGGGAAUUAUUCGCUGAAUAGCGAGUUAAAGCGCAGACAAUGAUCAGACGACACGGGUCGCUUGGGUAGAACCUGUUGCGGUCAGCAGGCUAAACAUCUUUAUAGUUUCAGUGGUUCACUUAUAUUCUUAGUACAAAGCGUAUAAUUAAAUAAAGCCUCGGCAUAUGUUAUAAUAACUGAAAAUGAAUCUUGUCACACAGACUAGAUGGAAUAAUUUCAUUCUAACUGAUCUAUAAAUGAGCAUGUUAACAAAAAGAAAAUUUACUAAAAAACCCAUAGUAAGGUAUUAACCAUAAAUAUUAGACUAGAAUCUGAAGUUCUUGUCUUUGCAUAGAGAGGCAUGAGUGAAACUACUGUUAAAAUGAACUGAUACAUGAUUCAAUGGUAUGUCCAUACUUUUUGAUAUAGAACAAAACUCGACACAUUAUAACAAUGACCUUGACCAUCGUUGUUUCCUAGUAGCAUUAAGCCCUAACUUUAUAACAAUGACCUUGACCAUCGUUGUUUCCUUGUAGCAUUAAACCCAAACUUUAUAACAAUGACCUUGACCAUCGUUGUUUCCUUGUAGCAUUAAGCCCUAACUUUAUAUCAAUGACAUUGACCAUUGUUGUUUCCUAGAAGCAUUAAGCCCAAACUUUAUAACAAUGACCUUGACCAUUGUUGUUCCCUAGUAGCAUUAAGCCCUAACUUUAUAGCAAUGACCUUGACCAUCGUUGUUUCCAAGUAUCAUUUAGCCCUAACUUUAUAGCAAUGACCUUGACCAUUGUUUCCUAGAAGCAUUAAGCCCUAACUUUAUAACAAUGGCCUUGACCACCAUU